AUGUUUCGGGGCCCAUAUGUAAUUAUCCAUCCAAUCCCUAUUCCUGCGACAGCGGUCAUAGCAAGAAGAGACCCAAAACACAGCCAGAGGCAAAAAUCAAAUCACGCUUGCGAGCAGCGUAAUGGCUUGUUCAUGUUCAUCGGCGACCAGUACCUGGAGUAUGUCAUCUCUGAGAUCAGCUCUCCCUUCCGUCCACACACCUUCAAGCCCUUUGAUCCGUCUGUCAGCUGGUUCAACCUUUCCCUCUUCUUCUUUGUCACGCCUGCGACUCUCUCGGCCCAAACCCAGUCCCAAACCUGUUCAGCCUUUCGUCGGUCUUGCGCCUCUACACCCCCUUCUCCCCUUCACUUCUCAAGAAUGCACGGGGUUCAAAGGACAGUACUGGGGCUAUUUUGGCAUGUUAUAAUCAGGGGAAAAUUGAUUGGAGUUCUUGAAAUUCACAGGAAUGAUUCUAACUUCAGGAUAUUACAAGUGAUCUCAGCAGUUACGAGUUUUGUCACCAUCAUUGACAAUGGGAGCCGAUUCUUUGCCAUGAGACAUGGGAAGUGGGUACCUAAACUCAAUCGUCCCCCUGAUCAGCGUCGUGCCCUAUUGCGGGGCCUCACAACUCAGCUAUUAAAGUAUGGGCGCGUCAAGACUACAAGAGCACGAGCUAGUGCCACGAGGAAGUAUGUGGAUAAAAUGAUUACAUUGGCUAAAGAAGGAUCUCUUCAUAAAAGAAGGCAGGCCCUUGGCUUCAUUUAUGAAAAGCAGAUUGUUCAUGCAUUGUUUGCAGAGGUACCAGAGAGAAAUGGGGAAAGGAAUGGAGGAUAUACAAGAAUCAUCAGAACCCUGCCAAGGCGUGGGGACAAUGCACCUAUGGCCUAUAUUGAACUUGUUUAGCAAAUGACUCUUCAUUUUGCUUGUUUCUUUUGUACUUCUUCAUUGAGAAUCAAAUUGUAGUGAAAUUCUACCCUUAUCCAAUUUCGGAUACUACCUAUGCCAGUUAAUCUAUCUU